CACAGCUCAGGCAGACGCGAUGAAGAAAAGCCAUUUACACUUUUUCAUCCGGAAGAACUUUCUUGGUCAGCUGACGCGCUAUUGCUAUUGCUAUUGCUACCCCAAUUGUUCUCUGGCGUCGUCCUCAACCGUUCUUUGAAUGUUAUUAGGGCUUUUUCGUGGAGUUAUUCUGAAGGUCAAUCCAGUUCGCUGUUGAAGUCAAAAUCAUUGGAGGUUGUGCUGGGGGGUAUUGGAUUCGGUCGGGGCAGUUGAGGGGAAUAAUAGGGGGCUAUUGCUGCUACUUCGAUUGGGCGUGGGUCUCAUGGUAUGAGAAGAAGUAUUCUGCACUUUUUGCAAGAUGAGGAUUCAGGGGGAGAGAGUUCUGUACUGCGUUGCUUCUGUCGUUCUGCUUUUCGCGAUGCUUUUGAGCUGUGGGGAAAGUAGCAGGUUGAAGGAGCCAGAGCCUUUGUUGGUGUACUUGUUGGAGUCAGGGGCUAUUAAUCAGGAAAUGGUUGAAUUAUUACAGAAUGACUGUACUCCUAAGUUUGUACACUCCAAGAUUACAUUGCAAGACCUUGAAUUACAGUUCAUGGAGCAGAGCUCGGGUGGACUGUAUGGAUCGAAGAAGUAUGAUUUAGUCGAUGCAUUGCUUCCUCAAAUUAACAACAUUCUUAUAGAUUGUGUAAAAAGAAAGAAUAACAUGCUUGAUAACGGCGAAGAGAAGGGCGUAGAAACUUGGUACACCAGAUAUAUGAGGUUUCUAUUUAAACGGCAGCCGUCAGCACGGCGCAUAUUGUCUGAAUCCCCUGGCGAAGCACCUGCUCCCGCCCCAACUGCUUUAUCACCCGCCCCAGCACAUUCAGUUCCCCAAGCCCCUACCGAGCAACCGACCAGUCCUCCUCUACCAUUUCCAUUUUUCCAUCCAAAUGUGCAGCCUAAUUCUGGCGAACAAACUUCCCGGACUGAUUCCAAUGAUUCGUCAAGCCGGCACAAGACCAGCAAGAGAACUGUUGUUAUUGCUGUUGUGGUAACUGCUUCUCUGACAUUUUUCAUUGCUGCACUGCUCUUUAUAUUCUGGCGCCGAUGCUGUGGGAAUGGUUUCCGGCGAGGAAGAAAUGAUGAGAGGCCUCUCCUCAGCUUAAGCUUAAAUGACUAUUCAAUCGCUUCUUCUUACGGACAUGGAGCUUCAGGGAAUGAAGAAAAGCCGCAUAACCAGUCAGUUCAGAAUAAAUUGAACCAUAACAAUGUUAAUGGGAGCUUCUACGUGGAAUCUCAGUCGCUGAGCAGUUCGAAAAUUGAAACAAGUGCUGCAAUUGCCGCUAACAAAGUGGAAGAUUCUUCGCAAAUGCCGCCUGGCAUGUGGAGCCGACCUGGAUUGCCUCCAUUGAAGCCUCCUCCUGGAAGAACAAGCCAUCUUAAACCACCCCCUGGUCGAACAGGACCUCCCAAACCACCUCCAGGAAGAACAAAUGCUCCUAAACCACCUCCCGGAACAGUGAUUCCUCAAAAACCACUUCCUGGUAGAGUCGAUUCUCCUAAUCCAUCUGGCAAUGCUGCACCUCCUCCACCGCCUCCGGCAGAUGCCCCGGCACCCUCAGUGUCGCCUGCUAAUGCUUCUUCUGCUGGCGCACAUGCUCUGCCGCCUGGACCUCCUCCACCUCCUAGUAUUAAGGCUGGUGCUGCACCGCCACCACCUCCUAGAGCUGGUCCACCGCCACCUCCGCCUCCAAAAGCCGGUCCACCUCCACCUCAGCCACCACCUAUUGGGUUGAGACCCCCUCGACCUGCGCCUCCUGGACCUCGUCCUCCCUCAACUUCUACUUCAGUUGAGGAGACUGAAGCCGGUGCUUCUAAAGCUAAGCUGAAACCCUUCUUCUGGGACAAGGUAUUGGCCAAUCCUGACCAUUCAAUGGUUUGGCAUCAGAUUAAGUCCGGGUCGUUCCAGUUCAAUGAAGAGAUGAUAGAAAGUCUCUUCGGCUAUGCUCCUGCAGCGAAAAACAAAAACGAUGCAAAGAAAGAAUCGUCAUCCCAAGAUGUUCCGCCACAAUAUAUUCAGAUAAUUGAUCCCAAGAAGUCACAAAAUAUAGCUAUUUUACUUAAGGCAUUAAACGUGACUACGGAAGAAGUAUGCGAUGCAUUGGUAGAAGGGAAUGAGCUUUCUCCGGAACUUGUUCAAACAUUAUUAAAAAUGGCACCUACAUCUGAUGAAGAAUUAAAGUUGAGACUGUACACCGGCGAGCUUUCUCAAUUAGGUCCUGCCGAGCGAUUUUUGAAAGUCUUGGUUGAUAUCCCGUCCUCGUUUAAGAGGCUAGAGUCGUUACUUUUCAUGGGCACUCUUCAGGAGGAGACAACCAUGCUAAAGGAGUCUUUUGCUACCCUGGAGGCUGCCUGCAUGGAGUUGCGAAAAAGCAGGUUGUUUCUCAAACUACUCGAGGCUGUUCUUAAAACCGGGAAUCGUAUGAACGAUGGCACAUUCCGCGGCGGUGCACAGGCGUUUAAGCUCGACACCCUUCUGAAAUUAUCCGAUGUGAAAGGAACCGACGGGAAGACUACGCUGCUGCACUUUGUUGUUCAGGAAAUAAUCCGAUCGGAAGGCAAGAAAGCUGCCCGAACAGCCAAAGAGGCGGCCGGCAAUUUGCCCAAAGACUCCGACCUGGAUUCAGACGAACAGCUAAGAAGCAUUGGUCUGCAAGUGGUCUCCGGUUUAGGUAACGAGCUCGACAAUGUAAAGAAAGCCGCAAUUCUAGAUGCUGAUAGCAUAACGGGAACGGUCGCCAGGCUCGGCCACGAGCUCGUUAAAGUCCGGGAAUUCCUCAAUUUGGAUAUGAAGAACACAGCAAAAGAAGACGGAUUCCAUCAAACUCUGAAGAACUUCGUGCAGAACGCUGAGAUUGACGUGGCCUGGGCGAUCGAGGAGGAGAAGAGGAUUAUGGCAUUGGUGAAGAACACCGCUGACUACUUCCAUGGAAAUUCCGGGAAGGACGAGGGAUUGAGAUUGUUCAUCGUCGUCCGCGACUUUCUUUUGAUUUUGGACAAGGUAUGUAAGGAAGUCAGAAGUAAUCCUCUGAAGCCGAGCAGGCCUCCGACAAAAGAUGGUGGUGCUGCCUCGACUCCUCCGCAGGUUGCGCCGAUGGAUCUUCGGCAACGAUUGUUCCCUGCCAUUGUCGACAGACGGAUAGAUACUUCGAGUUCGGACGAAGACGAAGCUUAGGACUGUAGAGAUGCAGACAUUAUUUUUAUGUUGCUCCGAUGAAGACAAGAGAAGACAUAAGUAGGAGAUGGAGGAGCCUACGUUGGAGCUUGAACUGGAAUCAGUGUAGGAAUUUUACAGGUCUCUUCUUUAAAUGAUUCUUUAUUGUCUGUAUCUUCUUCUUCUUCCUUGCCUUUGUGUUAUUUUAUAUUUAGAUUUGAUUAAUAAUAAUAUUAUUAUUAUUUUUUAAAAUCUUGUUAUUUACGUGUGUCUGGGUAAUACUGAAACCGUAGCUCCUGCUUUAUUUUAGAAUAUUUAUUCGAAAUAAUUAAUUUGAGG